AUGGUCGCGGACAUGGAUGGAAGUAAGAGUCUGGUCUCCCGGAGGCAGAGCGCGCGGGACCAGAAGAUCCCGGAGCGCGUGACACUGAAGAAGGAGAUCGGAGUGCUGAGCGCGUGCACCAUCAUCAUAGGGAACAUCAUUGGCUCAGGGAUCUUCAUCUCCCCUAAGGGCGUCCUGGAGCACUCCGGCUCUGUGGGCGUGGCCCUGGUGGUAUGGGUGCUGGGGGGGGGCAUCGCCGCGCUGGGCUCCCUCUGCUACGCCGAGCUGGGGGUCACCAUCCCCAAGUCGGGGGGGGACUACUCCUACGUCACCCAGAUCUUUGGAGGGCUGGUGGGGUUCCUGGUGCUGUGGAGUGCGGUGCUCAUCAUGUACCCCACCACCCUGGCGGUCAUCGCCCUCACCUUCUCCACCUACGUCCUCCAGCCGGUGUUCCCUGAGUGUGAGCCUCCGUACCUCGCCACGCGCUUGCUGUCCACCGCCUGUAUCUUGUUCCUGACCUGGGUGAACUGCUCCAGCGUGCGCUGGGCCACGAGGAUCCAGGACGUCUUCACCGUGGGGAAGCUGCUGGCCCUGGGCCUCAUCAUCGCCGUCGGCCUCGGACACAUCUGCAACGGGAACUAUGAGAGCCUGCGGCCACAGGCAGCGUUCUCCAUGGAGGCCGUCCCCUCGGUGGGGCAGAUCGCGCUGGCCUUCCUCCAGGCCUCCUUCGCCUUCAGCGGCUGGAACUUCCUGAACUACGUCACAGAGGAGGUGGUGGACCCCCAGCGGAACCUCCCCCGAGCCAUCUACAUCUCUGUUCCCGUGGUAACGCUGGUCUACACCCUCACCAACAUAGCCUACUUCUCCUCCAUGUCUCCGGAGGAGCUGCUGGCCUCCAACGCGGUUGCCGUGACGUUUGGCGAGAAGCUGCUGGGAGGGUUUUCCGUCGUCAUGCCGAUCUCUGUGGCGCUGUCCACCUUCGGAGGGAUCAACGGAUACCUGUUCACCUCGUCCAGGCUGUGUUUCUCCGGGGCCAGGGAGGGCCACCUGCCCAGCCUGCUGGCCAUGAUCCACCUGAAGCACUGCACACCCAUCCCCGCCCUGCUGGUCUGUUGUGCUGCUACCAUGGUGAUCCUGUGCGUUGGCGAGACCCACAACCUGAUCAACUAUGUCUCCUUCAUCAACUACCUGUCGUACGGCGUAACCGUGGCAGCUCUGCUCUACUACCGGUGGAAGAACCCCACCCUGUACCGACCCAUCAAGGUGAGCCUGCUGGUCCCAGUGUGUUACCUAUGUUUCUGGGCUCUGCUGCUCGGCUUCAGUCUGUUGUCUGAGCCCCUGGUGUGUGGUGUGGGGCUGCUCAUCAUCCUGACCGGCGUCCCCGUAUACCUGCUGGCUGUCCAUCGGCCCAACAGAUCCCAAACCUUCCGCAGGAUGCUCGAGUGGUGGACCAGCGCAGGACAGUGCCUCUGCUAUGUGGUGUUCCCUCAGAACGACGCCGUGGAAACCAAGGCCCCGUCUGACUGGACCGACUCGAGCAACAUGGCUGCCCAUUCCUAGGACACGGCUUCCAUUUCUCUGCUUCCAAGUCUUUCUUUUGGUCUAUUUUCACUGUUGACAGAGACACCUGUCUGUGCAUUCCCUGUCUCACCUGUCGGUGCACUCCCUGUCUCCCCUGGUUACUCCCUGGUUACUUCCUGUCUCACUAGGAUACUCCCUGGUUACUCUCUGUUUGGCCUGGUUUCUCCCUGGUUACUCCCUGUUUGGCCUGGUUACCCUCUGUUUGGCCUGGUUACUCUCUGACGGGCCUGGUUACUCUCUGUUUGGUCUGGUUACUCUCUGUCUGCCCUAUUUACUCUCUGUUUGGCCUGGUUACUCUCUGUUUGGCCUGGUUACUUCCUAGUUACUCCCUGGUUACCCUCUGUUUGGCCUGGUUACUCCCUGGUUACAUUCUGUUUGGCCGGGUUACUCCCUGGUUCCUCCCUGGUUACUCCCUGUUUGGCCUGGUUACUCUCUGGUUACUCUCUGUUUAACCUGGUUUGGGUACUUCCAGCAGACUGAAUAGACUCCCCUAUAGAACAGAACGUUUUUCUAAGAAAGUUUUGGUUCCAACAACAUGUAGUUAUUUUAGUUCUUUGAAUAUAAAUCAAUAAUAAGUAAUAUAUUCAUGGUGUCCCUUUUUCUGUAAAGAAAGAGAAUGUUCCAGAAUGUGUCUGCGGUUCAUUAAGUGAAGUUAUCAUUUUGACCGCUUGAGCCUUAAAUGAUGUCGCUCUAAGUUAUUUGUAAACCGUUUAGUGCCUCUGAUUCAUGUCACUGGAGUCUGCCUCUCUUUUGUAAAUGAGAAAAUAACAAUUAGAAACAAAAUAAAUUUAGAUGGAG